AGGAAGGUUGUCGCUCUCACACCCUCUUCCCUCCCUCUCUCCACGCUUGACCAGGUUUUAUUUUCGUCCUCGGCCAGCUUGGUUCCUCUCGUCUCUCCUCCCGCCUCGCGUCCAGUGGUCAAGGCGAGAAGAAGGCAGAGGAAGCGCAGGGAACGUUACCAAGCAACAGGAAACUCUGAAGUCACCCCUCGCUAUUAGUAACACGCUUCACAAAUCAAACUUUUUGCCUCCCGUUCACCCACUCCUGCAAAACGCUCUCGCACUCCCGGUCUUCGUAAUCACCUGCAAAUAACCCCCACGGAGAUUACACCUGGAGAUAAAAAAAAGACAAUGAAAUGAGCGGAAGUUGGGGCUGAUAGAGGAGGAGAAUAAUAAGUGUGGAAAUAUUACUCGCCGGGAAAUUGAAGUGAAAGGGAAGAAACAAGACGAAGAAAAAAGAAUAAUCAAGAGGAAAUAAAGAAGAAAUGAGAAGAGGAAAUCAUUAUCAAGAUAUGGACGCAAAAACAAAUUGAGGAAAACUAUGUGGCUCGCCGUAAUCAGAAGAGGGAAGGGAAAUAACUAAUGCACUUGUGGAAGACGUCGGGAAUAGCUCAGUGGGAGGCGGAGGCGGCAGCGAGUUGCGGCGCCGCAGUUGUCGUACCGCAUGGCCUCUGCUUCAUCGGCUUCCUUCUGCUUCUCCCAAGUGGACGUCGAUGAUAUUUACGACUGACCACCACCGCGGGGAUGUAAUGCCCCGAGAUAUCUCAUUGUUAGUCUGUCUGUGCAUCAGUAUGGCGUCGGGGUGGUGGUGAGGGCGCGAGAGUAGCGAUGAAGGGGACGGGGGUGUUGUCCUCCUUGUCGUAGACUCUCUUGGGCUAAUGGCGGGCAAGGUGAUAAUGCCUAAUUCACAUGGCAGCUUCAAGGGCCGCAGCCAAUGUGUCGAGGCCGCUGGGGGGCGGCCAGGGGAGGGAGGACACGGACGAGACGCAUCUCCCGCCGCGUAUCCCGCAGGGGGUCGCGUCCGUCGUCCCUGCGGGAGGGAACUAACAGUGUCUUUAUACGUGAGAACUUUGCUCAAAGUGAUGUCUGGCGUUUGUUCCGCGGCACGUUGCGGCGGGGCUCGGCGACGCAGGGGCUGGUGGCAUGCGUCGGGGCACUGCGGCAAUGCGUACGGCGUAGUGGCGUGUGCGGUGGUGCUGUGUGUGCUGCCCGUGGCAACGGAGGGGUUCUGUCCCGUAGGGUGUGUGUGUGACUACUCUAGCAUGCUCGUGAGCUGUGAGGGGGCUGGUCUGGACGCGGUACCCAUCCUGCUGAACCCCCGCGUGCAGAACUUGCUACUGCACGACAACAAAAUCGCCUCCCUUGCCCAGUCCCUCGUUUUCUACCUCGACCUGCUGCUCCUUGACCUCUCGGGGAACGACCUUACGUCGUUAGAAAGUGGUAACUUCAAGGAGCAGCGGAAGCUUCGAGAGCUGCGUCUGGAGCACAAUAAGCUGGAGAGUAUUGGGGCCGGUGCCCUGCAAGGCCUGGUGGGGCUGCAACGGCUGGCACUGCAGCACAACGCCAUCACACGCCUCGAGGACUGGGCCUUCGAGCCGGCCGCCAGCCUGACCGAGCUGGACCUGUCCCACAACAAGCUGCGGGCGGUGGGGCCGGCCGGCCUGCGGGGCCUGGAGGCGCUGGAACGUCUUGAUCUCAGCGGGAACAGGCUGGACCGCGUGCCCGGCGGGGGCCUCACUAACCUCACGGCGCUCCGCCACCUCAACCUCACCCACAACCUCCUCUCGCAAGUGCCUCCCCGUGCCUUCAGCGGCUUCCCGGGCCUCGCCUCCCUCGUCCUCGACAGGAACAACGUAAGUGUCGUCAACGUUGCGGCCUUCGAGGGAAUGGCCGAGCUGCGGCACCUCGCCCUGGCGGACAACAGACUCGGGGCGGUGCCCUCCGCCUCCUUGGCCGCCCUCCCGCGCCUCCAAAGCCUCGACUUGAGCGGAAACCUGUUCGAGGCCCUGCCGGAGGACUGUUUCCAGGGUCUACAGAGCCUGGAGACUCUGAGGGUGUCCAGGUGUCCCCGCCUGUACACGGUGAGCGGCGAGGCCUUCCUCAGCACGGGCAGCCUCCACGCCCUCACGCUGAGCCACAACCCACGCCUCGCUGUCCUGCCCCCCACCGCUCUCUCCCACCUGCUCAACCUCCGCCACCUGGACCUCUCCGCCUGUGGCCUUCGCACCCUCACCCCAACACAGGUCCCGCUGCAGAAUCUACGAAGCCUCAGGUUAGCGGGCAACCCUCUCACGUGCAACUGUUCCCUGGUUUGGUUCUCGCGGCUCGUGGCUAAUCCCAACGCUUCCAUAACGCUUGACCAGCCCUCCUGUGCCAGCCCCCCUUCACUAUACGGUGUCUCUCUGCGCGGGCUGGACGGCGAGCAGGUGGGAUGUGAGGCUGGCGCGGGGAUGUGGGCGGCAGUGGCGGGCGUGUGCGUGAGUGUGCUGCUUCUCCUCUCCCUCUGCAUCAUGCUUGCGUUCUGCUGGAGGCGGAAGAGAAGGAAGAGGAAGAGGAAGAGGAGGAGCGACGAGGACAAGGGGUAUUGGGAGGACCCGUUUCUUCCUGACGGAGGCUUGUCUGUCACGCGCCUCCCCUCCCGCCCUCUCAACGGGGACCCCACCCACUCCACCCUCUCCCAGCCCACUCGCCUCGGCCCCCCGCCACGCCUGCCCCCCACCCACCCCCUCCACCACCACCUCCACCAUCAGGGGUGCCUACAGCAGUGCCCCUACGCGGCCCUCCACCCCCUCUACCGCCCCCUCCUCCACCCUGACUACGGGGACAGCAGAGGCCGCCCAUCGCCCCCCACCACCCCCUCUACUCUGACCCGCCCGCCCCCCCUCCCCCUAAGCGACCCCCCCAACUGGUACGCGACGAUUGGUGGGGGCGAUGGUGGGGAGGACAGUGGAAGGGAGAGUCGCCCCCCCACCCCCCUUGAUCUCUCCCCAAGUCCACGUAAAGUUCCCGUGACGUAUGUUUGACCUAUUUUGACCUAACCUGACCCCUUGACCUUUUGCCCUUGUUAAAGUGUGUGUGUGUGUGUGUGUGUGUGUGUGUGUGUGUGUGUGUGUGUGUGUGUGUGUGUGUGUGUGUGUGUGUGUGUGUGUGUGUUGACCAUUUGAUUAGCAUAUUCGUCCUUUUUUCUCAUCAGCUGUACAUACCAACAUUACCAUUUUAAGGCUUUUUUUUUUCUCUCUUCCAUUUUUUAUCAUCGCAUAGAAAGGAGGCGCCAUACGUAUAUAGAAAAUGCGACGUAUUAUCAUUACGACCUUCCCUUUCUUCUUUAACCAUUACUUCCGUUUUCUUUUGUAAUAUAUUUUCCGUGUGUAUUAUUUUUAAGCUUGUGACAUGAUCUUUUUUUAUUGAAUUUUGCCUUUUUUUUUUGGACCUGGUGACCUUUGUCCUGGUUUCUGGAAGGUGUAAAUAAGAUGACCUUUUUAAGUUUGUCAAGCCAUGAAAAUCUUCCCUUUUUUUAUUUGAAUAUGAGAUGCAGUUUCGUGUUUUUUUACUGAUAUUUUUCUUACUGUGGAGUGUGUUUACAUAUCAGAGAGAGAGAGAGAGAGAGAGAGAGAGAGAGAGAGAGAGAGAGAGAGAGAGAGAGAGAGUUUUGUAAUAAUGGAAAAAGCUCACAACAAUAUACUCGCAACAAUUAACAAUCAUCAUCACUCGGCUAAUUUUUCAUACAUCAUUAUUUUUCCUUUAUUUUUUUUCGCUUUAAGCAUUUUCCGGCCUCUUUCAUUUAUUUUCACCGUGUUAUGUUUGUGCUUUAAAAAGGGAUGCGCUGGUUGCAUGGGUCUUUUCCUAAUUACUCUUGGUGGGGUUGAUUGUGUUCUCCGCUAACCCCAAACAUUAUUAUUAUUAUCAUUAUUAUUAUUAUUAUUAUUAUGGUUAUUGGCUUCUUGCAAGUACGUGCAUAUACCGUCCAUUUAUUGAUUGCUCAUAAAACUGGCUCGACACAACAAUUUUUCUCCGCUUCGAUUGUGUAAUAGCUCGGCAGUCAAGGUUAUGUUCCUUUAUUUUCUGUUUAAUUUCCAUUCCAAACACACACACACACACACACACACACACACACACACACACACACACACACACACACACACACACGUAUUCCAUGAAGGUUUCGAGGCCUCUGUUCACAGGCUUCGCGAUGCUCAUCUGUUUUUUUCCUCGAAGUUUUGUCAGAAUAAAGAUUUUUCCACUUGA